UGGCAGUUGUUAAAUCCCUUCCUGGCCCCUCCCAGCAGUACCUCCAUAAAACAGGAGCAAGGGUCUACUCAGCUCCUGCACACAAACAUGGCCCUCCUCCACCUCCUCACCAUGUUCUUCAUUGCUACAAAUGUGGAAGACCACGAGGACCAGAGGGAUCAAGAGGAAGAGAAGAAGCAGAGGGAGGACAAGGACAAGGACGAGGACCGCAGGAGGCGCAUGUACGACCUGUCCCUGUACAAACGUGGUGACCUCCUAGAGGUGCCCAGGACCCUGUUCACUCACUUUGGCAUCUAUCUAGGCAAUAACAGGGUGGCACACCUGAUCCCAGACAUUGUGCCCUUGUUCUCCACCAACCAGGACAUUAUCGCUGAGAUGGUGACUAACGACCGCCUCAUCAUGGGGGUGCUUGCUAAGAGGGCAAGUGUGCGUGUGGAUACUGUGGAAGACUUUGCCUAUGGCUCAAAGAUUCUGGUCAACCACAUGGACCAUGUGUGCAGCCAGCCUCCCCUGGAUGGAGAGGAGGUGGGUCGCCGGGCGGAGAAGCUGCUGGGCUCUGUGGCCUACAGCCUGCUGUGGUUCAACUGCGAGCACUACGUCAUGUACUGCCGCUAUGGCAUGGCCAUCAGCUUUCAGACCUACCAGUUCUGUAAGGCGGUGAGGAAGGUCUUCUGCAGCAGGAAGUGUGCCCUCCUGUCAGCCCUCAGCGGCGUGGGCAUUAUGUGCUACCUGGGCUCUGUCACGCCACUCACAGCCCUGCCCACCAUCCUCAUCCCCUUCCUCAUCUGGAUGGCAUCGUAGCCAUCUGGCAGCUUUGCCCUUUUCAGAUGGGUGGUUAUCAGAUCAGCAUACUCUUGCCUUUCACUUGCCAUUUUAUGCCUUUUGGUUUGAUAAGGGUAUUUUCAACAUAACACAAGGAAAAAGAUGUGGGUAGAAUGUGUAUUUUGCGAUGGAUAUAUGGCACAUGUUUUUUUUAAAGCGCUGAAUGUUUCAAAGAAGCACAUUAUGGGCAAUAAGGACAUUUUAUUUAAGGUUAUUUGAAAGCUUUCAACAUUUUUUAUUU